AUGACAUUCACAUCUUCCGCCCACAAAGGGACCACCGCCCCUGAGGCCCAGGGUGGCACUGACUCGAGGCCCGUUAAGUCGCCGGACGCACCAUAUCGGUCCCUUAGCAAGGCAAUACUUUUCCAGAAUAUGGACCAGCACCGCUAUUGGCAUCGUGUCGCCCCUAUGCUUAGUCGUAUGUUGAGUGAUGGAAAGUACAAUAUCGACCUACAAUACCGAUACCUAUGUCUCUACUCUCAGCUUGUGAUUCCCUCUCUUGGACCCUUUACCAGCAGGGGCAACGACAGCGGCUUUUAUACAUGUACUCUUGGCGGUUAUGGGCCGGUUGAGCUCAGCCAGAACUUUCAGGCAUCGGGGUCAACCGUACGGAUUGCGUUCGAGCCGACCAGUUAUGCUGCCAGCACGGGCGCAGAUGUCUGUAACCGACAAGCCGUACAUGCGUUCUUGUCCAAUCUGAAGCUCCUUGACCCAUCAUCCGUUAACCUCUACCUCCACCAUUCCCUCAACAACCAGUUGACGUUAACGGACGCAGAAGAGCAGCAGCUCACACCCGCCGACAUUGCCAAAUUCGAGGUCCGAACGCAAAAUAUAAUUGCGUUGGACUUCACAAAGUCAGGCAUUGUCGCAAAGGAGUAUUUCCUACCAAUCGUGAAAUCGCUCGUGACGGGACAAUCCGUCGCCAAGAUUUGCUUGGACGCUGUUCGCAAAUCCACACCUGACGCAUCAUUAAGCGAUCUGUGCCAACUCGUUGAAGACCACAUUGAGGAAAGUGCGACCCCAGCAGCUUUUCUCGCCUGUGACUUGGUGGACCCGUCACGCACGCGGUACAAGAUCUAUAUACAUGACUCGGACGUCGCAUUGUCACGGGCGGAGCACCAUUGGACUCUUGGUGGAAGACUCCAAGGAGACGACAUAGCCCGCGGACUCGAGAUUUUCCGCGAGCUAUGGAUGGAACUUGGCAUUGUCGAAGGACGACGCAGUCCCCCAGGCACCUCGGCAAAACAUGGCGACCCCUCGAGCUUGUUGCCUCUGAUGUACAAUUACGAGAUGAAGCCGGGCCACGGUAACCUGAAACCUCAGCUGUACCUCCCGUUGACUGGGGUGCCUGAAAUGCAAGUUGCAAGCGUCUUGACGGCUUUCUUUGACAAGUAUGGCAUGCAGGACCAAGCAUGCACAUUCACAGAGAAUUUACAAUCCUACUAUCCCGGCUGUGAUCUCAGCACCGCCACCCGGAAGCAAGCAUGGCUGUCUUUCUCUUACUCGGCUCAGAAGGGUCCCUACCUGUCUAUAUAUUACCACUGGUAG